GGGGCUGGGGUUGGGCUGGGCCAGGCUCCCCUUUGAUAUAAAUACGCUGGCUGCCUGGAGGUUCGGGUUUGUUGGUUGGGCCUUGAGAUCUGGAGCCACCACUGCUGUCUUCUUCAGGAGAGUCUCCUCCAGCUACCCUUCAUCCUGGUUCCCCUGGACGUCCAAGAUGCCUCGCGUGGACUCAGACCUGAAGCUGGACUUCAAAGACGUCCUCUUCAGACCCAAGAGGAGCAGCCUGAAGAGUCGCUCAGAGGUGGAUCUACAGAGGAACUUCACAUUCCGAAACUCCAAGCAGAGCUACACUGGCAUCCCCAUCAUCGCUGCCAACAUGGACACCACAGGGACCUUUGAGAUGGCACAAGCCCUCUGCAGACACACACUUUUCACAGCCAUUCAUAAGCACUACUCCGUAGAAGACUGGAAGAACUUUGCUGCUCACCACCCUGAGUGCAUCGAGCAUUUAGCGGCCAGUUCGGGCAGCGGGAAGGCAGACCUGGAAAAACUCUGCGCCAUUCUGGAGGCCGUGCCUGCCAUCAAGUACAUCUGUCUGGACGUGGCCAACGGCUACUCCGAGUACUUUGUGGAGUUUGUCAAAACGGUGCGAGAGAAGUUCCCAAAACACACCAUCAUGGCAGGUAACGUGGUGACAGGAGAGAUGGUGGAGGAGCUCAUCCUCUCUGGAGCGGACAUCAUUAAAGUGGGGAUUGGACCCGGCUCUGUGUGCACGACAAGGAUUAAGACUGGGGUGGGCUACCCUCAACUCAGCGCCGUCAUCGAGUGUGCAGACUCCGCCCACGGACUCAAAGGACACAUCAUCUCAGACGGUGGCUGCAGCUGCCCAGGAGACGUUGCUAAGGCCUUUGGUGCUGGGGCGGACUUUGUGAUGAUGGGAGGGAUGUUGGCGGGUCACGAUCAGUGCACGGGAGAGGUCAUUGAAAGGGACGGCAAGAAGUACAAGCUCUUCUACGGCAUGAGCUCCGACACGGCCAUGAAGAAAUACGUGGGAGGAGUUGCCGAGUACAGGGCGUCCGAGGGGAGGACAGUGGAGGUUCCUUAUAGAGGAGACGUGGAGAACACCAUCCGGGACGUCCUGGGGGGCCUCCGCUCCACCUGCACCUACGUGGGCGCUGCCAAGCUGAAAGAGCUGAGCAGGAGGACCACCUUCAUCCGGGUCACCCAGCAGUCCAGCCACAUGUUCGCCUAGCGGUUCAUGUCUAACUGAGCAUCUUCUCAGGAUCAUCAGCUGCCGGUCGCCAUGAAAACAUCAACACCACCAGUUUAAAUGCAAGACACUUCAGUUUCCCCUCAAACUUCGCCUCUUCAUGCAUGACAUGAGACCACAUGGAGCCAAAGGUCAAGUGAAUUGUUGUGAACAUGAAUAUGCAAAUACAUGGAAGCUAACUUACCGAGCGUGAAAUAAACUGCU